AUGAAUGAGGGGCAGUAUUUCCCGUAUAUUUCUGAUAUCGGCGCAGACACGCUCAAGCCUAUGUUCAUCGCCCUGUCCGCAGUGAGCGUCGUUACAUUCGACCUCGCCUUCAUUUUCGAGCGAUACCUAAGACACACGGGGAAGCUCACGCCCAACACUUCCGUAUGGCAGAAGGUCUACUCGGGAUGCGCCACUGUCGCGGCCAUUGCUGGAGCAGCCGGCCUCAUCCUGCUCACGAUUUUCGACUGCAAGAACCAUAACAGGCUGCAUAACAUCUUCCUGGCAGUGUUCAUCAUAGGCUACAUCGUUUCAGCAAUCUUCACUUGCUGGGAGUACCAGCGUCUAGGCAUACGCUACCGCGAGCACUCCAUCCUCCGCAUCUCCUUCUGGGUCAAGCUUGUCUUCAUCGGACUGGAGAUCUGUCUGUGCAUCGCCUUCGUUGUCUGCUCUAAGAAGCGCGUCUGGAACUACGCUGCCGGUCUCGAAUGGGCAAUCGCAUUUGUCUACUGUUGUUACGUCAUGAGCUUCUUCAUCGACUUCUUGCCCGCAACCAGGACCAAGCACCACCAGAGCCACGAGACUGAGAUGCAGGUUGCUGAGGAGGGUGGUAUGCGCGGGAUGGGUGAUGGUGCUGCGGACAGCGGACAGUACUUCCGCGGUAACGCCGCGCCUGUCAAUGGAUAUGCUGAUGGCACUAACGGUGCAAAUGGAUUCACCAACGGAGCUACCAACGGCCACACGAAUGGUGUCACUAACGGUUACACCAACGGACACACCAACGGCUACACAAAUGGCAACGGCUACGUAAGCCACACUGCCGAAGGAUACCCCAAGCCCGCCGAGCCAGCAGCGCUGACAUCGCGGAACUUCUAA